UUCGUGCGCAUUUACCUCGAGAGGGUGUCUCCGCGUUAAAGAGCAGGCGAAAUUCUUGAAGUGAAGCCACAAAAAUCCGUCAAGAAAACUUGGAUAAAUUCUCUUUGUUUCAUGAAGUACGUCAAAUACUCGCGUCGCGUAUAUAUAAGUGUCAAAUAACUACACUCUCAAUAGCAUACGUUGAAAAUCGUUAUAAAGGAUCAAGGAGAUCUAAUAAUAUGAGCCGAGCGGUUAAAUUAUAAGAAGUCAAGAUGUGCAUUGGUCGAUUAUUGUUUCGAGAAUAAGGAACUUGGCCAAAUAGCGGUGGGAAUUCGCGAUGUUUGGAUAGCAAUUUAACGAACGGAAACGCCACAAGAUUUUGUCUCGCUAGCCGAACAAUAAAGAUUAAGAAAAUAGAUUGAGCGGCCGAAUUUUGCGGACAAAAUUUGGGAUCUGUGCCAGCGAAGCGAAAGAGUAACAGCUACGAGUAACGAGGCCUCUUGGUAUGGUUGUAAAACUCGGGCAGGACGUAGAGCAGAGUUCUCAAAGAAUUCAAGAAACCCCGGUCGAGCGUGACAAUGCUAAUUUGCAGGCCACGUCUUUCUUCGUUUCAGACCGUAUUUCAGACACUCAAACGGCAGUCGACCAUCGAAGGCCAGAAUUCAACAAUUUUACCAAUAAUAUCGCACGUACGCCACACAGGAAAUCGGAAUUUGGAUAUUCAACGCGGAAAUUUACUGACGGAAUACAAGCGAAUCAUAUAAUACCUGCCUAUGCUAAUAUGAGUUAUAUCUCGGGUAAUAACGAGGGUACUGUAAUGACAGAUCAUGAUCGUCCUACAAUCGUAGCGCGUCGGACGGGCUCAUUCGAUUUGACGGAUGGGCAGAAUUCGCCGCGAGAUUCAAUAAAAUAUGAAAGCGAAUAUGAAUGUAUGUCUAGUCCGGAAAGUUUUUCGAAUUCGAGUAGCAACCGGAGCAGCAAUACGAGCUCGUUUUACGGAAAUAUUUCCCCUGAUACGCUUUCGCUCGCUUCGUUCGCAGGUCGGUUGAACUUCGGACGCUUUAGUACAGGCAGCAAGCGAAGCAGUCAAUCAAGCAGUGCGUCUUCGCAAGAUUCUGGCAGACAAUCUUGGGGGAAAGUUCGAGACAGCUUCGAUCUAAGCGAUGCAUUGGUGUCCUCUAUUAGACGGCCAUCUGGAGAACAUGUCUAUGAAAACACCAGACCAUUUACGCCGGAUAAUUUUAUGAGAUUCUCACGAAUUGAGGCCACUCGCAUGGAGGUCACGAACCAAACCGUCGAUGUACCUCCUCCGCUACCAACCAGACAAAAUCAACAACCUGUUUCCAGCCCGAAUAAAGAAGAGCCCGAAAUUAUUUUACCGUACAAAGUUGUAGAUUUGGAAGAACUGCAAAGGAGUUUGGAAGACAUAGAGCCGUACUAUAUACACAACCGGUCCGCGGAUGACGAUAGAGACUUUUAUAACGACAGGUCGGACCCCGACGAAAAGAACAUUGAAGAAGACGGCGAAUUCGUAGACGGUGGUGGUGGUUUUCGACCGGUGCUACCACCGAAGAAGAGGCCUCUGUCCCACAGUCAAUCUGAUUCGUGUUUCAAUGCAACAGAGCUUAAAGACAGGCCAACUCCGUUGCCCAGACAAAGUCUAAUUUUGAGUGAUUUGGCACAAGUUCAUGACGGCAAUGUACAGAACACACAAACAGAUGAAAGUACCAAUCGUAAGUACAUGUUUUUUUUCUAUAUUAGCUGCGAUGGUCUGUAAAAUUGCAUUUUUGUUGGGGUAUUUUGAAUAGUUAAUGUCUUUUCGUGCCAAAUUAUGCCCUUGAGUCCUUGACCUUUUCAUCUGGUAUGUUCUAUAAAUCAGUAAAAGAGUCUCAAUUAUAAAAGCUGUACUGGGAUAGCACUAAAAAGGCGAGAAGACAAGGUAGGAUUAGAUAAAAUGGGUUUAUCACCAUUUUGAUGGAUUUAGCCUAUUAUUCUGUGAUAGCAAGUGUAAUAGAAUGGUAUUAUUGCCAGAAUGAAAUGGUAUGAGAGUACCCAAUGUAAUAAUACUUAAUUGGUAACUGUUAAUGUUGGUUUAGUUAUGGUCAUUUAUAAUGUUGGUUUAGUUAUGGUCAUUUAUAAGAAUCAGUCCUUAAUACUACCAAUCACUAUUUUCAAUUAAGUAAAUUUAAGGAAUAAUCAGGAUAUUAACCCAUUAAGUUGCAUUGUGCCCCGCUUUAUUAUUUUACUCCAUCUAAUGCCAUAUGAUUUUACUUAUCAAAGGGGGAGAGCGCUGGCGAUCAAUGGACAAUGCAUUGAAUACCCAACACUUGGCUCAGUGGGUCCGGGUGCACUGCAGAUGGAUGGGUUAAAUAUUAACUGGCAAAGGUGUAUCAGGGCUUAUUGCCAUAGGCAUACAGGAGGGAUUAUUAGGGGUAAUGUCUAAAAAUGAUGGAUGAGAGGUAGUUUUCGAGAUGAUUCCAAAAUUGAAAUAAGAGUUUGCAUUAGUAUUAGGGUUAGUGUGGGGGUUAGGAUUAGGGUUAGGUGUGGGGUAAGGGUAAGGUUUAGUAUUGUUGCAAGUGGCUGGUUGCUGACUUUUUUACAUUUUAAAAACUUGAGGCCAUCUUGAAAUCCUGCCUCUCUCGUCCAUCGCCUUUAGCCAUGACCGAAUUUUGCCAGAAUUCUUGGCCUUUUCCCCGACUUAUCAAAAUUCUUAUGCUUAUUUCCAAGUGGGAGGUAUGGUAUCUGCUGAUGCCUGUGCAGUGGGCACAAUAGGG